AUGAAGCGCACUGAUCGAAGAGAUUCACGUAAGAAAUUGGCGAGGAGUAAAAGCGCUGCUAGGCCACGACCUCCAGGAGCUGGAAGAGAUGUGUCACGAAGGCCAUAUGAGAUCACUGUCAUUGUUCUUGGAGCAACCAGGGUUGGCAAAUCAGCUCUUGUUUCUCAAUUUCUCUGGGAAGGUUUCCUUAGUGAGUACAGACCAACAGUUGAAGAAUUCAAUUGGGUUGAGUAUGAUCUUGGAGAGGGAAGCGCUCUCAUGCUUCAGGUAAUUGAUUCAAGUGGUUCUCGCGAUUUUCUUGCCAUGCGCCAUUUUUACAUCAGAACUGGUGACGCGUUUUUGGUGAGGAUAAUUUGCAAUUAG